AGACUCGCAAGUUGGUGUGGUGCUCACUUGCCUGUUUUGCCUAGGUGUCAGUGUCAGACAAAAAAUAAAAAAAUCCCUUGAUAAAGGGCACCGUCAGCCAUGGUUGACGAGGGGACGAAAAAGACCCUUUCGAGCAUUCCCCUUCUGAAGACCAAAGCCGGUCCAAGGGACAAGGAACUGUGGGUUGUGAGACUAAAAGAAGAGUACCAAUCGUUGAUUCAGUACGUUCAAAAUAACAAGGCGGCCGACAAUGACUGGUUUCGACUCGAGUCCAACAAGGAAGGCACCAAGUGGUUUGGCAAAUGCUGGUACGUUCAGGACAUGCUCAAAUACGAGUUUGAUGUAGAAUUUGACAUUCCAGUCACGUAUCCCACGACAGCUCCCGAAAUCGCGCUUCCAGAGCUCGACGGUAAAACUGCGAAAAUGUACAGAGGAGGGAAAAUUUGUCUGACGGAUCACUUCAAGCCCCUUUGGGCUCGAAAUGUGCCAAAAUUUGGAAUAGCUCAUGCAAUGGCUCUUGGACUUGGCCCGUGGUUGGCUGUGGAAAUACCGGAAAUGAUUGAAAAGGGUGUUGUGAAGUACAAGGAGAAGGAGUGAUUUAAAACAAAAACCAUUUUGACAUUAAUUUUUUAAUAUUAAAUUUCAUUUGUUAUUGUUUGAUAAAAAUACAAAAAAUUUUAUUGUAAAAAUGGCACUUGA